AAAGAGAAGCAUGAGAAGAAGAGCCUUCUAGCUUUCUCCAAAAAUAAGCAAAAAGGAAAGAUAUAGCAAAGAUGAGUUGUGUGGACAAGGGGGAGUGGUCAAAAAUACCUGUUUGUACAACACCAUGUGUUCUUGAUAUAGCAAAUUUUGCAGUGACGGAACACAACAAAGAAACUGGAGAAAAAUUGACACUCAAAAGUGUUAUAAAAGGAUGGUUUUUGGAGUUGGGCGAUGUGAAAUUAAAGUUUCGUUUGUACAUUCUAGCAGCAAACGACAAAGGAGUUGUCCUAACCUAUGAAGCAGUUGUGUGCGUCACAGAAAUAGGUGACUUUAAAAGAGUGAAGAAACUCUUAUCUUUCAAUGUCGGUUAUUUGGAUGAGAAGGAUGUAUUUUGGAUUGUAAUUGUUGAUACUAAAGCGUCUUGUGUGCAAGACGUGGCAAAGUUUGCUGUGGCAAAGCAUAAUGAAGACGAACAUGAUAGUCUUGUCUACCUUUCUAUCACUAAAGGUUGGUAUCGAGAACUUGACCCGUAUAAUGCUAUAUUCUUCGAAAUUCAUCUUACGACGAAGGAUUGUUUUGGACGAGUGCGUGAGUUUAAGGCUUUGGUUCUAGAAGACAAACCUCAAAAGGAGAAAAUCCGAACACUCAAAUAUUUCGAAGUUAUAAAGAAAUGUUGAAAACUUGCUAUCUAUAUGUAAGUGAGAGUGGUUAUGUUAUGUGUUAUGUCUAUGUUCUUGACUAUAUAUCCAUAAAUGAAUAGUCAAGUUUAAACUAAAUAAAACGUUUUAAAUUAUAUGUCA